AUGAAAGUUGUCAAAGAUACUAAUACCACUGAGAAGAAUAAUUUUAAUUAUUCCAAACCAACUCCUCCACCAUCCGUAGUUCCGAAUGAUGAACAACUUGAUGAAGUCGAUGAAGAUUGGCAAACUUCGAAAAAUAGUUUACAUAAUCAAGGUAUUAAAAAGAUCCUAUCACCUGCCUACGAAAUGCAAACAAACGAAGAGCCUGUCAAAACAUCAGCACCGCAACCAGUAGCGACGACAGGAACACAACAAACACGUACUUUAGCACAGAUGAGAGAACAAUUAGCUAUGAAACGCAAAGCAUCUGCUGCUGCAGCUUUAAGCGUCACAAAUCCAGUAGCCUUAAAUCCACUAGUGAACGCAAUCAAGUCCGAAAUGACUAUACAAAACGAACAGAAAAUAUCUUCACCAUCAGUACAAACUGUAGUACAAAUGGGGCAAAUCAAUUCAAUCUUACCUUCAUCGAUAUUUACUAGUCCAUCCCCAGAUGUUUCUCGUCUAAUGGUAUGUUUUCAAUAA